CUCUGUGAGGUGUAACCGUAUGACUUUGUUAAUUUUUAUUAAUUAUUAUUUCAUUUUCACAAAUCACAAAUCGUGUUUACAAUUUGCUAUUACAAGUCAAGUUAAGUUGUCAAGUAAGUAAAGUAGUCAGCAACUAAGUUAAGUAGAUAGUUAUAAGUCAAGUCAAGUUGUUUGUAAUAUUGUUCAUUUUUAAAUCUACCACACAGAGGUCAAAUAAGAUUUGGACUUGCGAUACUUGACCUAAGUGGUACAGAGAAAGUGCUUUUGAAGAGAUUUUAAAAUCGAGAGUUUUAUUUUAUAAAACAGGUUUGGAAUUUGGAUCGUUUUAAAAUAAUUAGCGACCGAUUUAUCUACCUCCAAAAUAUCAUGAGUAGUGUAAAAGCAUUGGAAUCGUUGAAGAAGAUUUUAGAUAAGGCAAUCAAACGUGGUGGAUUUGAUCGACACUUCGAAAAGACGAAAUUAGUAUCUGCCGGAAAUGGCAAGUUUGUAGUAGAAAUGGUUGUCGAAAAAGAGCACACCAAUGCAUUCAGUACGCUUCAUGGAGGAUUUACUGCGUCCGCUGUAGAUUUAUUUUCUAGUCUAGCCGUACUGACACAUCCGAAAAUAACUGAAAACAUUGAUUUGGAUAACACUGGUCUUUCAGUUGAUAUUCACGUUAAAUACUUGGCAUCGGCCAAAAUUGGAGAUGAAAUAAUUAUCAAUGCCGAUACAGUCAAACUAGGAAGAAAUUUAGCUUUUCUUGAAGUGACAAUGACCCGAAAAGCCGACAAUGUUAUCAUAGCAAAAGGAGGGCAAACGAAAUUUGUCGGAUAAAACUACUAACCAUUGAUUUAUUUUGUAAAUCUCAUACCUAUGGGUUAUGGUUGGUGAUAAGUUUUGUUAAUCAAUAUGGUGACUUGUAUGUGGACCAGUAGACACCUUUGUGAAGUCAAAUUGUAGGUAGUGGGUUUAUAGCAAUUUCAUUUUAAUUCUAAUUGAAGUAUAAUUUUAAUUCAGUUUUAUAUUUGCUGUAUGUAAACAUAUUUCAGUAUAUUAGAUAAUUUUAUUUUAUUACACUUGUAUAAAAUAAUUAAAUUCUAAUAAUAAUGCAUAAUAUUUUAAAUGGGUAUUGUAGAAAAUGGCUAAUGUGGAAGCAUUUUGUUUGUCUUCAUAACAACAACAAUAUCAAACAUUUAAUAGGUACUUAAAUUAAGUAAUUCAUAUAUCAUGUUAUUUAAAUUCUUAUUCUAUACUUAGCAGUUACAUUUUACUGUGCUGCUUUCUCUUUCAGUACACUAGUACACUAGUAAAACGUUAUAUUUUGUGUCAACAUUUUCCAAGUUCCACUGGCAUGUUCAAAAAAUAUAUAAAUUUAUACCUGAUAUUUUGAAACGAAAAUUGAAUUAGUACAAACAAGAAUUAUCAAUUACCAAUACAACGUAAUAAUAUGUAAUUAUGUUUAUUCUUUAGGACUGUCUUCAUCCCAACUACGGCACUUGUAGACUUGGCUUUGUGGUUAUAUUUUUUUAAUUAAGAUAGAUAUUUUUUCAAAGACAUCUUUGUAUGAUGUUUAAAUCAACUAUCAUAUUUUGCGUUAUUUAAAUUUCUACUUAGCUGACAGUUACUAAUAAUAAAAUAUAAAAUAUGUUUUUUUUUAUAAUAGAGAAUUAUAAAUUAUUAUUAUCAGAUUAAACGAGAAAUGAAAAAAGUUAAUAAAAUAUCAUAUAAGUUUACACACCUCACUUUUCUAUUGACCUUAAGGGAAACGCGGAACGGGCUGUUUAAAAUAAUACAUUUUUAUUUUUUAUUUUAAAAAGUAAUUGGUUCUACUUGUACAUAGCUCGAAAAAUCAAUAUUAUCAAAUGAGAUGGACCAUUACUAGGUAUUCGGUCUACUCUUUUUGCUUGCACCAGACCAACACUGUACUUCAUUAAUUUAUUUUCGCUUAUGUGUCUUCUCUAAUUGAGAUAGAUAAUCCUAAGACAUAAUAUUAUAUUAAAUAAAUAAAAUUAUAAUCAUAUAUUAUUGGAAUAUUACAACAUAUUACAUUAC